AUGAAGUUAAUUUAUUUAUUUUACAUAUCAUUAGUAGCUAGUUUAAGAAUUCAAUCUAGAGAACAAUUAGCUUGUGUUGCUUGUGGAGAAUUACUUCCACAAUAUGGUGAUAAUUAUAAAGCAUUUUGUUCGAACCCACCUGCCUUAGGUUCAAUGGCAAUCUGUCUUAUAGAAAACUUUAAAUCAGAUAAAUAUUAUCAAGAUUUUUUGAAAGCUUGUUCAUUGGAGAAAAGUCAAUUUUUCUUUGCCUAUAAGAACGGUACUAAAUAUGUUAAUAUAAAUAAUGUAGAGUAUCCAACUAGAUUAUCAACAUCAGAUGUAAUAUCUUAUUGGACUAGAUUAUAUACAAUUGCAGAUCAAAUGACAUACGGAAUUUAUUUUGGAUCUGGUUUGCUUGCAUAUUGGGGGGUUGUAAUGUUGAUAGGAGGUAUUUUUUAUUGGUUUAAUUUUAUAUUUCCACAUUCUGCUAAAAAUAUCCAUGGGAAGUUUACCAAUUGGCUUAGAAGGAGUUUUAUAUUAGCACCGACCUUUAGUCACAGCCAUGCUAAAUCUUUGAAACAUGGUAUAUUUGAAAUGAUGAUACCUUUAAGAAUGGAAACAUUGGUUAUAAUUGGAUGGGUUGUUUUAUGCAUUGUCUUUUUAUUAGUUGAUACAAUUAAUUUUUCAACAAGUCUUUGGGAUAUGAAAUCAAGAGUAGGUUUAAGAGCUGGUUUACUAGUCUCAUUUAAUGUUCCAUUGUUAAUAUUAUUUGGAGGUAGAAAUAAUUUCACUCAAUGGUUAACUGGCUGGUCACAAUCUAGAUUUAUAUUAUUUCAUAAAUGGAUUGCAAGAAUGUUGUUAAUUAUGUUGAUUGUCCAUGCAUCUUGUAAAACACACGUUUUGAUGUAUCGUGGCGUUUAUCAAGCUUAUAUCGGCUAUGAAUAUAUCAGAUGGGGUAUUGUCGGAAUAGUAAUGGUUGGAUGUUUGACUGCACAUUCUUGGAUGUACAUUAGAAAUAUGAAUUAUGAAGUAUUCCUUAUUUUACAUCAUAUCUUUGCAAUUAUAUUUAUUGCUUCUGCAUGGAAACAUACUGUACCAACAAAUUGUAGUGAGUUUUAUUAUGCUGCAACUGUUGUUUGGGGCGCUGAUAAAUUAUUUAGAUUAGUUCGUAUUACAUUAUUUGGUGUAAAGACGGCUAAGUUACAAUUAAUAGCAGAUGAAGUUAUUAAAGUUACAGUUCCAAAACCUUCAUGGUGGUUAUCAUUCCCAGGUGCUGUUGCAUAUAUAUACUUUUUGAAACCUACAUGUUUUUGGCAAUCUCAUCCAUUUAGUAUUAUUGAUUCAGCAUUGGAAGAAAAUACAUUAACAUUUUUGGUUAAAGUUAAAGGAGGAAUUACACAUGGAUUAUGUAGACAAUUGAGAAAAAGCCCAAAUCUUACACAGGAAGUUAAAGCAUGUGUUGAAGGUCCUUAUGCACAACGUCAUUCUGGUAAUUUCUAUGACAAUAUUGUUAUGUUUAGUACUGGUACAGGUGUCUCAGGUUUAUAUCAAGCUGGUAUUGAUUUAAUCAAACAUCAUUCAAACAAGAGAGUUAGAUUUUAUUGGAUUAUAAGAUAUGAAAGAUCGAUUAAUUGGUUUUUAAAAGAAUUAAUGAUGUUACAAGAUACCAUAGUGGAACCUGUAAUUUAUAUAACAAAUUUAACAGAUUUAACAGAUUCAUCAAACCUGAAAGGAGAUGAUAGUCUGAAAGGUGAUCACAUAUAUAAAUCAGAGAAAGAGUGUUUAUCAUUAAAUGAAAUUAGAACAGCAUUACCAUUUGUUGAUUUUAGAUGUGGUAGACCAAAUAUUCAUGAUUUAGUUUAUGAAGAAGUAGAAACUUCUCAAAGUUCAAUUGCUUUUAUAACGUGUGGUAAUGCACAUUUUGUUGAUAAUGCUAGAAAUGCCGUUAGAAAUGUACUAAAAACUAAUAGAUCUAAACGAGUUGAAUUAUUUGAGGAUUUUCAAGCUUGGUAG